AUGAGCACCGACAAUGACAUUGAGCGCCAGAUCAUGAUGGAGAUGGAGGCAGAGAUCAGUCGAUCGCGGGGGAAUCGCCGUGAUCCUUACACCAACCCACCGUCUUUUGAACUCAGCUUUAUCGAGGAUGAUCCCAUGGAGGCGGCCCGGAAGGCAGAGGUGGACCGGAUUCAGUGUGAAAUCGAAGAGCGCCUCCGCCGAAAGCAGCAGCAGAAGCAGCGUGACUCGCUGGAGUUAUCACCGAACUGCCCAGCCGAUAAAGGUGAAAUGGGUGCUGCCUACAACUUGUUACAGCACCCCCAGAACGCUUCCUGGACCACGGGAGCCCCUGAUCGUCACAUGGUUCGUGCGUCACUGAGUAGAGAGUCGGAGGAAAACGAGCAAGCGGAAGACGCAUCACGUCUGCGCGAAGACGAGGCGGCAAUGGCGAGGACAGAGACGGAAGAGGAGGCGCACAUUGAUAUGGAGGUGCAGGUAAGAAGAGCUGCCGAGAUUCAAGCGCUACGUGAAGCCGAGGAGCAGGCCCGUCGCGAGGCUGAGGAGCAAGCCCGUCGCGAGGCUGAGGAGCAGGCCCGUCGCGAGGCUGAGGAGCAGGCCCGUCGCGAGGCUGAGGAGCAGGCCCGUCGUGUGGCUGAGGAGCAGGCCCGUCGUGUGGCUGAGGAGCAGGCCCGUCGUGUGGCUGAGGAGCAGGCCCGUCGUGUGGCUGAGGAGCAGGCCCGUCGCGAGGCUGAGGAGCAGGCCCGUCGUGUGGCUGAGGAGCAGGCCCGUCGUGUGGCUGAGGAGCAGGCCCGUCGUGUGGCUGAGGAGCAGGCCCGUCGUGAGGCUGAGGAGCAGGCCCGUCGUGUGGCUGAGGAGCAGGCCCGUCGUGAGGCUGAGGAGCAGGCCCGUCGCGAGGCUGAGGAGCAGGCCCGUCGUGUGGCUGAGGAGCAGGCCCGUCGCGAGGCUGAGGAGCAGGCCCGUCGUGAGGCUGAGGAGCAGGCCCGUCGCGAGGCUGAGGAGCAGGCCCGUCGCGAGGCUGAGGAGCAGGCCCGUCGCGAGGCUGAGGAGCAGGCCCGUCGUGAGGCUGAGGAGCAGGCCCGUCGCGAGGCUGAGGAGCAGGCCCGUCGUGAGGCUGAGGAGCAGGCCCGUCGCGAGGCUGAGGAGCAGGCCCGUCGCGAGGCUGAGGAGCAGGCCCGUCGCGAGGCUGAGGAGCAGGCCCGUCGUGAGGCUGAGGAGCAGGCCCGUCGCGAGGCUGAGGAGCAGGCCCGUCGUGAGGCUGAGGAGCAGGCCCGUCGUGAGGCUGAGGAGCAGGCCCGUCGUGAGGCUGAGGAGCAGGCCCGUCGCGAGGCUGAGGAGCAGGCCCGUCGUGAGGCUGAGGAGCAGGCCCGUCGCGAGGCUGAGGAGCAGGCCCGUCGUGAGGCUGAGGAGCAGGCCCGUCGCGAGGCUGAGGAGCAGGCCCGUCGUGUGGCUGAGGAGCAGGCCCGUCGUGUGGCUGAGGAGCAGGCCCGUCGCGAGGCUGAGGAGCAGGCCCGUCGCGAGGCUGAGGAGCAGGCCCGUCGCGAGGCUGAGGAGCAGGCCCGUCGUGUGGCUGAGGAGCAGGCCCGUCGUGUGGCUGAGGAGCAGGCCCGUCGCGAGGCUGAGGAGCAGGCCCGUCGUGAGGCUGAGGAGCAGGCCCGUCGCGAGGCUGAGGAGCAGGCCCGUCGUGUGGCUGAGGAGCAGGCCCGUCGUGUGGCUGAGGAGCAGGCCCGUCGUGUGGCUGAGGAGCAGGCCCGUCGCGAGGCUGAGGAGCAGGCCCGUCGCGAGGCUGAGGAGCAGGCCCGUCGUGUGGCUGAGGAGCAGGCCCGUCGCGAGGCUGAGGAGCAGGCCCGUCGUGUGGCUGAGGAGCAGGCCCGUCGUGUGGCUGAGGAGCAGGCCCGUCGCGAGGCUGAGGAGCAGGCCCGUCGCGAGGCUGAGGAGCAGGCCCGUCGCGAGGCUGAGGAGCAGGCCCGUCGUGUGGCUGAGGAGCAGGCCCGUCGUGUGGCUGAGGAGCAGGCCCGUCGCGAGGCUGAGGAGCAGGCCCGUCGUGAGGCUGAGGAGCAGGCCCGUCGCGAGGCUGAGGAGCAGGCCCGUCGUGUGGCUGAGGAGCAGGCCCGUCGUGUGGCUGAGGAGCAGGCCCGUCGCGAGGCUGAGGAGCAGGCCCGUCGUGUGGCUGAGGAGCAGGCCCGUCGCGAGGCUGAGGAGCAGGCCCGUCGUGUGGCUGAGGAGCAGGCCCGUCGUGUGGCUGAGGAGCAGGCCCGUCGCGAGGCUGAGGAGCAGGCCCGUCGUGUGGCUGAGGAGCAGGCCCGUCGCGAGGCUGAGGAGCAGGCCCGUCGUGUGGCUGAGGAGCAGGCCCGUUGCGAGGCUGAGGAGCAGGCCCGUCGUGUGGCUGAGGAGCAGGCCCGUCGUGUGGCUGAGGAGCAGGCCCGUCGCGAGGCUGAGGAGCAGGCCCGUCGUGUGGCUGAGGAGCAGGCCCGUUGCGAGGCUGAGGAGCAGGCCCGUCGUGUGGCUGAGGAGCAGGCCCGUCGUGUGGCUGAGGAGCAGGCCCGUCGUGUGGCUGAGGAGCAGGCCCGUCGCGAGGCUGAGGAGCAGGCCCGUCGUGUGGCUGAGGAGCAGGCCCGUCGCGAGGCUGAGGAGCAGGCCCGUCGUGUGGCUGAGGAGCAGGCCCGUUGCGAGGCUGAGGAGCAGGCCCGUCGUGUGGCUGAGGAGCAGGCCCGUCGUGUGGCUGAGGAGCAGGCCCGUCGUGUGGCUGAGGAGCAGGCCCGUCGUGAGGCUGAGGAGCAGCACAGCGCUGUUGCUGCUUUCGUGAGGGACGCUGAUGAGAGGCCGGCGAGCGCCGUGAGCGUGACGCACAGAGGCGACGCCCGCUGGCAGAGUGAAUACACGGAGCAGGGGGGUACCGGUGCAGACGCUGAGGAGGAGCAUGGGAUGCAGCAGCAAGACUCGCGGUGUAGCCGUUACCGAACGAGCAGCCCGUCCGUGAGCGACUGCGACAUGCGAAGCGAGGGAAGCACAAACUCUAAAGACUCUGCCUCCCAGACGGUUAGCCGCUACUCUCUCGCUACCCUGGAAGCCAUCCGGAAUGACAACGGCAUCCUAUCGCGGACGGAGGAAGAGGUUUCCUACGUGCCGCGCGUAACGAAAGAGGUGCCGCUUGAGAAUUUUGAGGUGGCUCUGUCCGCGGAGCUGAAAGCACGCGGGCUCACAGAGGAUGCGAUCAGGCGCAGCUGCAUUGAAGUGCACCGAUACGGGACCAUCCGCGAGUCCGGCAAGUGCUUGUUUCCUCCGAGAGAGGUCACGGGGGAGGUGCCGGCGCACGUAAAGGUGCAGCUGGGUUUCUUCUCAGCCAAGCAGACGAUCAUCGCCCUCCAGCGUCCACUUCGGAAGCCGAACGCCGACCGUGAGCGACCAUGUGAACCGGGUGAGCGCUCGCUGAGCACCCUCAAGUGCUAUUUCGAGUCUGAGGUGCUGAGUGAUCACACCCUCACGGUGGAUGACGAGGAUUACCCGCACAACGCCCCUACGGAGCGCCUGCUGACAAAGGCACAACUGAUGAGGGGCGACAGUGCCAUGGUACGGAAGGCUGUCUCGCAGAUUUCGUACGGUGACCCGAUCCAGGUGUGGGAGCGCGCACAGCGGAACACCACGGCGGCGGCUGAAGCGGCAACCAAGUCGACGGCAGCAAACUUGUGGGUAAGCGACAUCGACACCCGCAAACCCAUUCCCGCAAUGCGCACCUUUACCGGAGGCUUUGUGUACUGCAUCGAGGCGACGAAGAUCAGCAACCGAGUGAUAGAGCUGCAUGGAGCAAGCACCGAUCCUCUCGUCAUCGCAGCCGCGCUGUACAGCUGGACAGACCGGCAGAAGGUAAAGGUCUCCGAAACGUUCUACUUCGACUCCGAGCUGGACAUCUUCUACCCUCAGAAGGAGCGCAGCGAGCUCGCCAAGACGAAUCAGGUUGUCGUCUUUGUGCCGAACGAGUUCAAGGGAACGCUGCACCUCGUGAUGCGUGUGUACCGACCCUGUUGCGAGGACUACGACAACUACGUUGAUUUGUACAGCCGGGCAGACCGCUACAAACAGAUCCAUGUUGCACCUAUGAAGCAGGAGACCUUGCUGCUGACACAGGUGUCCGAUGUGCUGGAGGAGCUGGGCUGGAACUCGGUUCCGCUCCAGGACGAGGCCAACCACCUGCUUCCGAGGGUUGCCGUCGAUCGCCUUUACCGCAAGGCCUUCGCUGAUGAAGACGUGUUCAGGGUAAUGAAAGACGAGCGCUGGCGCGGAGCUCAGAAGGCGCUGCCGGUGGACAUGGUCUUCUCUGUCUCAGAUCUGAGCAGGCAUGAAGUGGCAUUUCCCUCCGACCACCCAGAGACGCCGCCGGAGGAGAACGAGUCGAAGGUGAGUCUGCUGGACCCUGACUUGCCGGGUGCUCGCCCGGUCAUCUACCGCUACUCGCCGUGCUGCAUCCCAAUCCUCAACUCCGGUUACUUCACGACAUAUAACAACGUGUACUAUUUCUCCGUGUCAAAGCUGAAGGUGAUGUACGCUGGCUUCGUCCGAAACAUCCCUGCCUCGCAUCACACCUACGUCUUUCAGCUUUGUGUGAAGGCCAAGGACGAUGGACUCUCGGAGGAGGGCGCGAUCAGGUGCAUCUACGGACGUGGGCUGUCGAACCUGUCGAUGGAAACGACGGCGUGGUCGUCCUCGGCACACACCUCGAACGACAUGGUGCUGAACGACGAGUUCAAGCUGCAGCUGCCGCUAAACCUCUCCGACCGCCACCACAUCUUCAUGACCCUCUACGCCACAUGCCAGAGGAAAACACCACCGACGCCCGGGCAGCCACGGAUGUUUAAAAUCGGCUACGCCGCUGUGCCACUGAUGAUGAACGGCGUGGUGCAGGUGCGCGACAGCAUCGACAUCAAGUUUGUGUCGCAUGACCAGGCAACCGUCGCGGCCGCGGGUGGGUAUCUGACGGGCUUUGCUGAGGCCCCCGUGAACUUCCUGCUCAAUAACGGUGAGGGGGUUGUCAAGGCUUCGACUCAGACCAAAACGACGGUUCACGCAUCCAACCGCGUCAUUGCAUCUGUCUUCCAGCAGUGCCCGUCCUCGAUUGCAGAGCUGAGAAAGAACGACAAGGUGCUCGAUGAGUGCGGCGCACUGCAGAAGCUGCCUGCGAUGGAAGUCGACCCGCACCGUAACGUGAUCAGUCUCAUUGCGCAGCUUCCGUUGGCAGAGAUUCUGGCCUUCUACCCUUUCCUCAGCGCGUACGCCUUCUCCCUCAUCGGCACCGGCUCGGCGACGGUGUCGCUGGCUAACCGCAUUCACAUGCUCGACGUCCUUCUAGGCAUUACUUCCAAGGCGCAGCAGUACGACACAUCAGCGCACACGAUUCGGCGACGCCACAACAGCGAAGGGCUGACACCGCAGGUGUUCGCCAAGACGAGCGUUGGAAGCAUACUGUACCACUUCCUGUCCAAUGACACCCUCUACGAAGGCGCUAAGUGUGAGUACAAGCGUCGCCUCUACAGUGGCAUGGUCGAGGCAUGGCUGAACCUACUGAAGAUGGUGGAGCAGCAGCCAAACGGUGUCGGGGCCGACACAGCGAAGGAAAAGAGCGACGCUUCCGCGCCUUCUUCCUCACCUGCUAGCCCUGCUAGUCUUGCCCGUGGCAGCAAGUCCCCGCCGCCGGCUCGCAACAUCCUGCGUGAGAUGAGCAAUCUGUCGUGGUUUCUCUUUGACACAAUUCUGCGGUCCAUCUACCUCUGGGGAGCCGAGAACCCGACAGUGCCUCGCCAGGAGCUCUUCCACUCGUCUUUCUACACCGCCGUGGCGGAGCUCUGCAUUCUGGCGCUGUCUCGGCUGUCGACAUUCGAUGAGAGUCAGCUUGUGCGCCACGUCGCCAUCUUCGUGCGCAGCCUGAUGCACUACGCCGACCGUGGCCGCGUGCUCAUGAUCUACGAGCGCAUCGCUGCUUACUUCGAGGAGGACGGCAACCUUGAGAGCCUCACCAACUUCCUCAAGUACGUACUGGAGGACCCGGAUGCGAUUUACCUGCUGCUGCACUCGGCCGGAGCGGCUCGCCCCGUCUUCCUCACGCGCAUUGUUGUUCACUCGUUCACCAUUCUCAUGAUCAACCCGAACCGUGUGACUCGAUCGAUCGCCACCGACGUGCUGUACUCAUUUCUGCGUCGCCUCGCCAACGACUCAGGUACUCCCAGCGAGAACCUCACCUGCAUCGCCGCACAGCUGUUCGAGCUGGUGCGCAACCUAGGCCCGCACUGGAAGGCCAUUACGCAGCCUAACGACAAGAUCCCGAUUGAGGUGUUUCAGCGUGACAAGCAGCAGCUGUCCAUGACAUGCUUGUGGAUUCUCUACUACACGCCCCGCAGCACGUUACAGCAAUGGCUGCAGGAAGAGGUGAACGAAAAGGUCAUUGCUGGCAUAAUGCAGAUUGUGGCCGAGUCGCAGUCGACCUUCCGCUACACCGCCGCCCCCGCUUCCUCGAGUGCCGCCAGCCCCUUCGCGGGCGUUAUGAAGGACGCUUCCAACGAGGAGGUGGAGGAGAGGCGGGCUUGGGAGGCGCGCAGCACAACCUUUGUGACCGCAAUUGGAACGCAAAUGUGCAGCUUCUUCUUGAACGAGAUGUCGAGUAUAUUGCGCACUGUGCGCGACAACAGCCCUAGCGCCGCCGUGUUCCCGUUCUUUGUGAUGCUGGAGUCCGUGCUCAACCUGGGAAACUCCACCAUCUCCCUGCAAAUGAGCUCCGCUGCGAUGCACGAGGUGGUGUGCAAGCUGUUCCCGGAGAUCAUCAGCCGCAAAGCGAGGAUGGGGAACGGCAUGGCCCUGCUCACCUUCCGUCUCAUGAGCAGUUGCUGCCAGUAUGUUCGCUCCUCGGCCAGCUGCACGUUCCUGUUGAUGAGUCAGGCCUUCUUCUCCUGGAAGAACUCUCUGUCCAAGAUCAGGUCGCUGACUGCCAACGCGCUCGUCUCCGUGGCCGAGUCGCGCGUGAGGGACCUACGCCUCGCUGGGCGCUUCAUCGAGUUCCAGUUUGACGAACUGAUUGAGAGGGCCAAGGUGGAGGAGGCGAACUACACGGCGCCGUCGUGCGACUUCGCCUCUCGCUACGAGGACGACUCGAACGCGCCUGGCGGUGAUGCGCAGAUGAAGUACAGGCAAAAGGUCGAGGGCCAGGCUAUGAGCGUGCAGCGCAAUCUCCCCAUCUCGCGCUACUUGCUGGAGAAGUCGAACGUGCCAGACCAACAGCCACCACGCUUCUCUAGCGAAUUUACCGCCAUGACGGUGACGGUGCUCAGCCUCUUCGACGAUGUCUUGCGCCUGCAGAUGGAUGACUCGAUGAAGUUCAAGGAAGCGAAGGCGACGGCGUAUUUUGAGGUCUUUCGAAACUUCCUGCGGCAGAACGCGCUAAAGGAAGCCUUAAAGUGGCUCUACCGCCUGCACGACGUACACAGGGCAAACAACGACUACCUGGAGGCUGGCAUGGUGCUGGUGUUCAUCGCUGCCCUGUGCUUCCGCGUCACGGAGGUGUUCUACUUUGUCAAAGGGAACGACUCGAAGGGGGCCCGCAUGCCGUUUGAGAUUCUAUCUCAUGUGUUCUGGCACGACUACGUGCGCAUCCUGCCCGAGGUGGAUGCGCUGCUUCCCGCAGACACGGUGUACGCAAUUGUGUCGGAGCUGUACACAUGCCCCGAGGACAUGUGCUUCUCCAUGGAGGGCCAGGUGAAGGCGCUGAAGGAGGCGGCCGAGUUUCAGGACAAGGGCCAGUACUAUGAGUACUCGCUGCAGACAAUAAACAUUGCGAACAAGUACUUGAUGGCGGCCAGCGACUUCAAAGGAUCGUCGGUGGUGCACAUGGCCAUGUCCACCUGGUGUACCGCCAUUGCAGAGCCCAAGUCGAAGCGGCACAACAGUCGCUACUUCUUCCUGUGGGCACGCAUGGAGCGCCACACUCUGCCCAAGUCGCGCAAGGAGCUGCAUGAGGACGCGAAUGACAUUAAGGCGGGCGAGAAGCCGCGCGGGCUGCCGAACGGCAACCCAAUCCGCCGCAUCUACAAGAUGCCCACCACCACCACGCUGGAAGAGUUCAAGAACUACGCAAGGUCGUACGUGGAGUCGCUCUUCUUUGACACCUCGCUGGUGCUGCUGACACACGACUUGACAGAGACCUUGCCGGCCCUGCCAGAGCCGGACUCGAAGCGCAAGCGUGUUGCUGCUGUGCACCGUCAACCAAAUCAUUGCAUGGUGACAGUGAGCGAGGUGCAGCCGUACUUCGCCAAGGGCACCCGCGUCCCUCCUGAUGGCUUCGACCGGGCUAUGCACAUCAGCUACUUUGAGAACACCGUAAACGUCGGCAGCCGCGACGAGGUGUCGGACGGUCGCAAGCUGGACCUUAUGGCGCAGCGCAUGAGCGUGAGCACUUACGAGCUGGAGCGCUCCUUUCCCUCCACGACGUCGGCCAUCGACAUUGCGAAGACGCAUCAGGUACUUCUCAACCCGUUCGAGACCGCAGAGGAGAUGCUAAACAGCCGUCGCGAGGCCAUGAACCAAGCCCCCGUCAACGAUGCCUUGAUCACAGUAAUCCGCAAAGCACUCUCACCAAAGGAGCUGCCGCCCGGUGCGUACAUGAAGGAGGUCAUCGCGGUCAUGGGAGACCACCCUGAGGUGAUUCAUGCUGUGCGCGCGCUCAGCACUCUCGCUCGUGCAAAGCUGGAGAUCUGCGAGAAGAUGGAGGCCAUGGUCAAGAACCCUGAAGACUACGCACUAGUGCUGAAGGCGGUUACCGACAUCGAGUGCUGUUUGGUGGCCAUGCAGCAUCCCGACGAGGACGACCACGUUAGCAGCAGCAGCAUGUAG